UCCUCCUGAGAUCAGACCGUUGAUCAAGAUGGCGGCAUUCGGCGCAGAACGUUGGCUGAAUGACUUACCAAAUCAUGCCAUUUUCAAUAUUAUACGAGCCAAGCUGGACUCGGAGACCAACUUGAAUGAGAGAGGGGUCGCUAAAAAUCUCACGUUUUGUUUGGGAGGGGAUUUCUUCGUGUGGGACGACGCGGACCGCCUGUUUUACACGACCAACCUGCGGCAGUUGAACUCGGACGAGGAUCCGGGCAGCGGGAAGUACCAGACGCUGCUGUGCAUCAACCCUCCGCUCUUCGAGGUUUGCCAGGUGUUGGUGAGUCCCACGCAGCACCACGUCGCGCUGGUCGGGCAGCGGGGCGUCUCGGUGCUGGAGCUGCCUCAGCGCUGGGGCAAGAGGUCCGAGUUCGAGGGCGGGCGGGACAAAAUCAACUGCAAGACCAUCCCGGUGGCGGAACGCUUCUUUACCAGCUCCCCGUCCGUGAGUCUGCGACAGGCGGCGUGGUACCCCAGCGAGACCGACGAGCCCCACCUGGUGCUGCUCACAUCCGACAACACCAUCAGGUUUUACGGCCUGAAGUCGCCCCAGACGCCGGCCAAAGUCCUGUCGGUGUCGCAGUCGGAGGAUGACAGCAGCGUCCAUCCUCCGGUCCGCUCCUAUGCUGCGUCUCUGGGGGAGAUCGCAGUGGCGUUUGAUUUUGGGCCGAUUUCGUCCCCUCCUCGGCAGCUGGCAUCACAGCGCUCCAGAGAGCAGCUGUCCUACCCUUUGUACAUCCUCUACGAGAACGGGGAGACCUAUGUGAGCUACACGAGCCAGACAAAUGGUGUCAGUGUGAGUAAACCUGUUGGACCCCUCCCCAUGUACCCUGCAGCCGAGGAUAACUACGGCUAUGAUGCUUGUGCCAUCCUGUGCCUCCCUUGUGUUCCCAGCAUCCUGGUCAUCGCCACGGAAACGGGCACCCUGUAUCACUGUGUGGUGCUGGAGUCCGAAGAGGAGGAAGAGUCGGGGGCUGUGGAAAAGUGGAUCCGAGGCACUGAGGCAGUUCCAGCUCUGUAUGUGUUCGAGUGCGUGGAGCUGGAGCUCACGCUCAAAGUGGCCACCGGAGAGGACGAGGAGCCUCAGGAGUUUGAUUUCACCUGCCCAAUCAGACUGCACAGAGACCCGCUGUGUCUGCAGAGGUAUCACUGCACCCACGAGGCGGGAGUGCACAGCGUGGGGUUAAUCUGGGUCAACAAGCUGCAGAAGUUCCUCCAGUCCAGUGAGGAGGAUAAGGACAGUCUCCAGGAGCUGGCUGCCGAGAAGAGAUGCAUUGUAGAGCACAUUCUUUGUACCAGACCGCUCCUAACCAGUCAGUCAGCUCCAGUUCGAGGCUUUUUGAUCGUGUCUGACCUCUCCUUGGGUGCCACCAUGAUCUGCAUCACCAACAUCUACGAGUGCAUCCUCCUGCCCCUGCUGAGCUCCAUUCGCCCUCCCUCUCCUCCUCUACUCUGCUCCCAUCCAGGCCCGGGUUCGGCCAGCUCCCCUCUUCGCGGGCUGGCCGACGACUCCUUCGAGCAGCACAUCCGCAAUAUCCUGGCACGUAGCUCCACCAAUCCUCUUGUGCUGAAAGGAGGGGACAAGGACACAUCACCGCCACCUCCUGAGUGUCUGCAGCUCCUCAGCAGAGCCACACAGGUCUUCAGGGAGGAGUACAUUCUCAAGCAGGACAUGGCCCGAGAAGAGCUGCAGAGAAGGGUGAAGCUCCUGACGGGUCAGAAGGACAAGCAGCUGGAGGAGAUGACUCUGUGCAGGGAGGACAGGAAGAGCUUGAGAGAGGCGGCGGAGAGGUUGGCCGAUAAAUACGAAGAUGCGAAAUAUCGCCAGGAGACCAUCAUGAACAGGGUCAAAAAAGUGCUGUGCAGCCUGCAGAGUCAGCUACCCAUCCUGUCAAACAGCGAAAAGGAUAUGAAGAAGGAGCUGCAGACCAUCAGCGACCAACUGAAACACCUAGACAACUGCAUCAGACAGGUGAACAUGAAGAUGGACUACCAGAAGACGCAGGUGGACAAAGAUCUGCCCGCUUCCAGGACAACAGUUUCCCUCAAUGCCCACCAGAAGAAGGUCGUUCAGGAUGUCCUCAGAGAACAGGGACAGCAAAUCGGUGACAUGAUGAAGCAGAUCAAGGACAUCAAAAACCAUUUCAGCUUCUAAGCACUGCAGAAAUCACUAAAAUGUUUUGCAAAAAGUCAAAUAAGAUCUUUUUCUGAAUACAUUUACGAAAUGUUCCUUUUUGUGACGUUUAAGGAGAAGCUGUAAUGAAUGUGCCAUGUGUGGACUGGGAGUUUAACUCAAAAGAUAUUUUUAUACACAUAAGUAUAACUUUGUCUUUGAUAUGACAUGUAUGUUUCUUAAUAGUAACACAACAGGUUUGCCUUCACCGUGUUGCAUAUUUUGUUACCCCAGAAUUUCUAAAUGUUAAGGUUUGAGUCAAAAUAUGCCAUAUUGUGGGUAAAAUGAGGAAUAAUCUGAGCUAAACUUAGCUUACCAAGUUAUUUUCAAUGUUGUUCACUUACUUUUUGUACAAAUAAUAAACAUGAAAGUUCUGUA